GCCGCUUCUCAAGUCCGACCACCACAACCACUUUCUUUGCUGCUUCCUCAGCAAAGACCGCAGGAUGGAGGUGGAGAGGGUGCAGGCCAUCGCGUCCCUGAGCGUGGCCACCAACGACAUACCGCCGGAGUUCGUGAGGUCGGAGCACGAGCAGCCGGGUAUCACCACGUACCGCGGCCCGGUCCCGGAGAUCCCGGUGAUCGACCUCGAAGACGGGGACGAAGGCCGGGUGACGCGCGCCAUCGCGGAGGCCAGCCAGGAGUGGGGCAUCUUCCAGCUGGUGAACCACGGCAUCCCCGGGGAGGUGAUCCGGGCGCUGCAGCGCGUGGGCAGGGAGUUCUUCGAGCUGCCACCGGAGGAGAAGGAGAAGUACGCGGCGGCGCCGGGGAGCCUCCAGGGCUACGGAACCAAGCUGCAGAAGGACUUGGAAGGCAAGAAGGCGUGGGUGGACUUCCUCUUCCACAACAUCUGGCCGCCGACGCACGUCGACCACCGCGCAUGGCCGGAGAAUCCGGUGGAUUACAGGAAGGCAAAUGAGGAGUACGCCAAACAUUUGGUGGGAUUGGUGGAGAAGAUGUUGGUAAGCCUGUCCAAGGGACUGGGGCUGGAGGCCGACGUCCUCAAGCACGCAGUGGGAGGGGACGACUUGGAGUUCCUCCUCAAGAUCAACUACUACCCGCCGUGCCCGAGACCCGACCUCGCCCUCGGCGUGGUGGCUCACACCGACAUGUCCGCCAUCACCAUCCUGAUCCCCAACGACGUCCCCGGCCUCCAGGUCUUCAAGGACGACCACUGGUUCGACGCCAAGUACGUCCCCGACGCCAUCAUCGUCCACAUCGGGGACCAGAUCGAGAAACUGAGCAACGGCAGGUACAAGAGCGUGCUGCACCGGACGACGGUGAACAAGGAGAAGGCGAGGAUGUCGUGGCCUGUGUUCUGCUCCCCGCCGGGCGAGACGGUCAUUGGGCCUCUGCCGCAGCUCGUCAGCGACGAACAGCCCGCUCAGUACAAGACGAAGAAGUACAAGGACUAUGCUUUCUGCAAGCUGAACAAGCUUCCGCAGUGAGGUCGCACCGGGUUCUUCUUGCAUGAGGGUAUUGCUGUACUUUGCCUUAUGUGUGGGUCCCUUUUAAGCUCAUAUAGUGGUCUCUGUCCACUUUGAGUUGGCAUAACUCUGUUGGAGCAGAAGGUGGAGCCCGCUCCAUCCUUCUUAUCUAAUAAAUGAAUAUUUGGAUGUAAGCCAUCAACGGGAAAAUAAAUCUUUAGUUUUAGUACC